GGUUAGAACUCCGUCAGGGGCGUAAGGGAAGAAGCAUAGAGUAUAAGCAGUUUAGUUGUGUUGGAUGGUGAAACGGUCGAUAGGCGCACCUGUAUACCAAGAGGCAGCCGAUUGCGAAUGUGUGGCGGGAUCGUGACCUGAUCCUCUUUCACGUUCUCUUGAGUCGAGAGGUCUUCAUAUUCGUCCUCGGAAUCAUGAGAAGCUGACGCCGCGGUCGACACCUCUCAUCAGCCGGCGAUGUCUUCUGCGCCCUUGAAUAAGUUGCAGCUCUUGUGGGACCACUUCAUACACGCGGAACCCCAAAGUUAUGAGAAAUCAUCCUGGCUAGAUCUAUUCCUUGCAGAGUUACUUGCGCAAGUGAACGAGGGCCGAGAUAUAAAGGAGGUUCUUUCAUUCUGCUCGGUCGGUGGUGGCGGCGUCUCAACUCUCGUCGCUUGUGAACUACUUUCCGACGUUCAUAAUCUCUGUGCUGAAAGAAUCGACGGUGGAGAACUUGUAGGUCUACGGAAGUAUCUUAUCCAGGGUCGAGGAUGGCGAUGCCUCGCGGUUCUGCAUCUCCUGGGUGUACGUGGACUUUCCUGUGGACGAGAAUUGGUCGCACUUCUCGUCGCGCUUUAUCCAGUCGCCUUUCAAGAAGGCGCUGAGGCUGUACCCCAUAAUCCAUACAUAAAGUUCCACUGUAACGACGACACCGUCGAUACCGUUGAUAUAAUUGCUCACACCAAGAAGAAGAAUGCUAAAAAUAGAAGCAACAACGACGCCGCCAUUUCUCAACGCAAGUUUAUCAGGAGGCACAGUGUCGGGACGAAGACGCUUCUUCAGAAGCAGAAAACCGAGGCGAAGAACUCGGCGGAAAACGCAAGUAGCGAAUCCGAGCUCCUGACUGAUGGUAUCGAUCAGGCAAGAUCAUUGACACUAAAGAUACGGCUUAAUCCAAUGGAUUUCGAAUACUUCACCUCGGUGGUGAGAAGCGACGAAGAGCAGAAAUGGGACGCGUCCCUAUAUCAACUUCCUACUCGGCCAGCCCGGAAGAAGCCACUGGACUUCAUCGACGCACGAACGAAGGCAGUGCUCGAGCACAAGAUCAGCCACUUUGAGACUAGUCUUCUCAUCGUGCAGCUGCUACAAGGAUUGCGAGACUACGAUACGCCUGCUGAGCAAACGCCAGCGGUGCAAGUACUGAAAUUCGCACUGGACACGCUCUGGGCUCUGCAGUUUGGAAUCGACGGCGCCAGCCUCACGGGUACAGAGUGUGCCACGCUCAAGGCAGCAGCUGCUAGACUCAUGAUCACUGCGCUGGAAAGAGUGCUGAGAGCGGACGAACCCACCACGGCCGUAAUUCACAACGGAUUGCUGCCUAUGACACUGAGAUUGCUGGAAGAUGCCUGCAGCAAACCGGUAUCGGUAUUGACACCCGAGGAAGGAUCAUUGCUGCAGGAAUUUAUUUUUGCCACCAUCUACGGAAUCAUCACAUUCCUCUAUUGUCUAUUGCAUCAGCGUGGUACUACCGAGAAGCUAAAAGACUUUCUUGAGCUGUUCCAGCUCUUCACGGAGAGUCAGGAUGGCAGACUCGUAGAGAGAACGAUCUUGGCCAUCGUAGAUUCGCCGAGUAUAGAUCAGCCGAGGUCCGUAACUCGGGCCAGAAAAGUCAUUGACAUGAUAGGCGCUCUGAUAAGCGCGCUCAAGCGAGUCCGCCAGGAGCUAUGUCAUAUGGGCCAGUGUCGCAAAGUGAAGCAUAAGUCCUGCGUGGAUAAGGCCGAGACUCACCAUCACUUUGACAUUUUGGGAGUCGCGUACUCCCAACCGGUCGUGGGUACCAUAACUAAACAAGUUUGUUGUAUUUCAUCUCUUUUUAUGACUUUAACAAUCCUGCUGAAGGAAUCACACUCCUUCAUUGCUGAUCUGCAAGUGCGUUUGCUCAAAGUUAUGACAGCUGCUGGUGCGUGCUGCUGCUUCCCACCGAAAAUCCUGGUGUCGAAUAUCAUUAUGUUUCUCAAGAAACGGAACUCGUACACUUACGCGCCAGCCGUCGCUCUUUUGGAACGGAUUCUAUUCAAGGAAUUCGGUGCAUAUCCUGGUCCUGAUAUCUGCAACACAUGCAACAAAUCUCCGAAUUACUCCUGGGAUUUUUUAGGACUUUAUAACGAGUUACUCACGCCGGACGACCCUAAGAUGUGCUAUGUGAUAAUGGCACAUUUAUUUAAAGUUACGCCAAACUCUAGCUUCUCCGUGAGACAAGAAUUUCUCUUCAAAGUCUUCUAUCCGACGUUUAUCAACGCAAAGAAUGUUUAUUUAACGGACAGUGAAAAUUUCGUGGCGAAAUUUCUCAUGCAAUCCUGUCUCUCUGUCAUCUCCAGCUUGAUAGCGAAUGCGCCAAUGUGCGAGCGAUUCACAGAGAAGAAUGGAGUCAGCGACGCUCUGGACCUGCUGCCAGAACCAGCAUUUACGAGAACUGUCUACGCUUUAUUAGAGGUGACAGUGAUUAUGGAGAUUUGGAAGACUUGCUGCGAGGAUCCUGCGGAUGACCAGAAAGUAGAAACUCCAGCACUCACGUCUCUCCUUAACUUGCUUGAGAAGGAGACGCUAACUCUGCUCGAUGUCCUGGGACAACGCAAAGAGGAACAAGUGCAAAUCGAAGAUUCAAUGGAACAAAAUUUAAAGCAGAAAAACAAAGUAGGAGACGGUGAUAGUCUUCAUAAACAUAAUGAUACUCAAACUGAAGCUACAACGAAUAAGACUGAUUCAAAAACUGAUAGUGAUGUUUCGUCCGAGCUUAACGAAAGAUCAACUUUUCCCAAAGAUGACUCGUUGCUACAUAUGGAUGAUUUACUGAAGAGCAGCUUGCAGCAAGCGAGCGCGGCGUGGAGAGCCGCAGCAGGAGUCUCCUUGUGCAGUCCGAAGUUUCGUUUGGAAUUGUCGAAACACUCGGUGUCUGAGAAGUCUGUGCAACUAUUUAAGUUGCUGGCAAUUUGCGUCGCCUCGGAUCGAAUAAACGAUUCGAGUAAAUGUGUCCACCGUCUGAUCGAAGCCCUCGUAACGUGUUGCCUGACAUCAUCAUUGUGUGGAUGCGAGGUGGUCACAGAGCUGGGGAAAGUUCUAAUGGAUGCUGGAAUAAGAUUGGGCCGUGGACUAGCGAUACUUGUAGAAGCUCUACUGCGAGUUUCAAUGGUGCGACCGAGUUCAGAGCAAACUGUACCACAGCAAUCACGACCAAGACUGUCAACUAUGGCCUUAGAUACGUUUCCGGAUUGUGGCGGCGAGGACAGCAGCACUGGGGAAUAUGUGACAGCCGAUGACGGAUACGAGGCCGAUGUUGAAAUUCCUGGAAGAAGUCCUUACAGUGGCAUUCCGAAAAAAGUGAAUCCGUUUGGUCCCGUGGUCGAACCGAGAGGACACGCCAAUGCACAUCCUGCCUUGUGUUCCUUGGCCGUUGAUCUUCUGAUACAUUUUGGCGAACAAGGCUUGGAUGGCGAACGUAGUAAUAUCGUUACCGGUGGAUUGAGACGGGUCGCUGUCACCUGCAGGGAGAGUGCAUCCAGUUGCGCGGCACUCGCUGGCUCAGGAGCGAUAACAAGAAUACUGAACGGUUUUAAGGAAACCCUGAUCAGCACAGAUCCUCAAUAUCAAGAUUUACAGCACGCCGUUCUCGAAGUUUUCACUCUACUAGCGACUCAGUCUAUCUCACCAACGGAAUUGGUCUCCUAUUUGUCGUUAUUCAAAGUCUCCGCACCGCCACUGCAAUCACUUCUGGAACCACUUUACCGCCUAGUGAUGACUGCCAAACCGCAGCCAAAUUUUAUUUUAUCGUUCCCUGUACUAUCGGACGUGCAGACGAUGGUGAAGAUACAGAACGAGGAAUACAAGAAUUUGGAGAAGGUGGAAAAUUUAGUGAACAACUUCAGAAAGCGACAUCUCACAUCCGGAAUAUGCAGUCCGUGGUCAGUACAUGCUACGUGUCUACCAGUUGGACCGGAGCUGGCUUGGCCUGUUUGGCUCCAUGGCUGUUCAGCCUCUAUGUGGCUCCGAGUCGAAAGAGGACUUUCAAUAGGAAGUAGAGGACAUGUCACCACGAAGUCUCCUUUGCUCGAUUCCGGAAGUGAGAGUCUUUCCGAUUGGGGCCUUCUCUCUGACAAUUGGAGUCGCGAAGUUGUUGCAGGUUCAGCGUCCCCGCCGACGCCGACGUCUAUUAUUCAUUUAAUGUCUGUUGGCUUUGAAUCCCUUGUACUGGAAAGUUGGCUCGAUCUUCGAUCAGAUAAAUUGAUUUUACGCCUGACACGUCCGGAUGACAAGACGAAUCGUACAAUCUCGGAAACCUCGAUAGGUGGCAUGUUUCCUUCGGGACGCUGGCACCAUUUAGCACUGAACUUCAAGGAUACCGUACUGAAUAAACGUAGUGCCGUCGUGGAUGUGGUUCUGUGGAUUGACGGUUGGCGGGAAGCACAUGCCCAGCUACCUUUCGACGGCCUUCUGGUCAGGAAACCAGGCACUACCUGCAUCCUUCUAGGACAGAUCGGCCCGUGUGGAAUUGGCGCUUGGUACCUCGGAAACUUAAUGCUCUUUAGGUGUCCAGUCUUUACCAAAGAACGGGCUCUUUAUCUAGCUAGCCUUGGCCCGAAUCACACGAAUCUCGCUGAAUGCAUCUUGAAUACUGCUAAACCAGACUUUGCACCGCUCAUUGCAUCUGGUGCACUCAAUGGCGUUCGAGAAUUGAAAUUCGAAGGAGGUAAGUUCGAUACCAACCGAAGAAAGUCUUAUGGUGGAACUUACUUAAGGCACGCAGUCGAGACCAAGGUGUCCGAUAUUAGAAUAGACUGGGAUACUGUUAUGGAUGCUACCAAUUCGCACUUGGGAGAACUGCAAGAUAAUUUACUGCUCAGCUAUGAAGCGCAAAAUCCAAACAUCGUCCAUCUAUAUCCACAAGCUGUGGCGAAUCCUGGUGCCGUGGUGCGAAACUUAUUUCCCGGCCAACCUGGAUUCAGGGUAGUCUCUGCGCCAGAGCACAGAGUGUCCCAACAGCCUCCCUUAUCUGUACCGCCAAUCUUAUCAACGCGAUUGGAGUAUCAGCAGUACAGAGGCCUUGUACCUGCAGCAAGCUUGGUUGGCGGAAUACCAGUGUUCCUCUAUUUAUUCGCAAGGGUCGUAGAAUUGAAUUCUACCGAGGAGGAACAAUCAUUGGCACUGUCAAUAGUGCUACACUUGGCACGCACUGAUUCAGAACUUUUGAAUCAAUAUCGAUCAGAAGGUGGACCAUCCUUGCUUUUGCGUGUCUUAGAGUCACCGCGAUGUCACGCUGGUCGCCAUAUUCUCAAAGCCAUACUAGAUGCUGCUUGCGACAGUUCCAUUUUAAUUAAGGACAUCAGUAGCGGAAAUCAUUCGAUAUCACAGAAUUGUGAGGCUGUCAUUACGGAUCCAGAACUUAUCAAAGGUGCUCUAGGAGCGUGGAGAACAUGGGCUAAGUCUGACACGCUGCACUUACUUCUGCAGGCCUUAUUAUUGUUACUGAGAGAUCAGCACUCACAGAGAGAGUUUAAUGCUUCCCAACUGAAUAGAGUUGGAAUCGUCGAUACUAUUUUAGCUCUCUGUAAGGAACAUUUUAUGUACGAGGAUCUUGGCGCGUCAUUAGAUCCAACCACCGGCAGUGCCGUUGUAGAAUUGAUACGAGCAUUAAUGGGUGCUCCACCGGAAUUCGCACAUUUAGUCGCCAUCACCGAUUAUCUGGUAUUGGUUCACCAGGCCUCUGAGACCUAUGUCACUCACGUGAGGCAUAAUAUUUACUUCCUUUUGCCACCGUUAGAACAAAAGAAAUCCAGCACAAAAGCUAAUUGCGCAACGACUGGAACUUCUUCUGACGAUUCCAUUGGAACUUUGGACACGAGAAAAUUGAGCAAAGCCAUAGCCAAUGUUCAGAUACAAAAAGGUAGAGCGUCGAGAAGAAGAGAACGUCGGAAUGGUCCAUCGAGAGAGACUAGUGCUGGAGAAGAUUCAGGCAUUGCAGCUAGCGAUGGAUCGAAUCAUCAGGUCUCAGAAAAACAGAAUGCAUGGACGGAUGAAAGACGAGCAUGUCAAGGAUUGGUAUGCGAGGGAUUACUCUUACUCCUAAGAGAUGCUCUCAGAGUGUUACCAGACAGCCAAGUUGGUUCGGUACUGAAACAUGUUCUGAGAGCCGAAUUGCUACUUGUCUUAGCCAACAAUCCAGAUGCCAGGGUCCGCACUGCACUCGUAAAAGUCGUACAGACAUAUCUCCAGCGUGCCAGCGACGAAGAAGUCAAUAAAUUCAUAAAACAAAAGUAUUUCCUGCAUCUGGCUAAUCAGAUAUCUUUGUACUCUGGAAGUGAACCAUUGGUAGUAGCCCUAGAAAAUUUAGCUCUACGCGGUUCAACACUAGCAGCCAUGUCACCAUUGCUGGCCAUGAUCCCGAAAGCAGCGGCGACAGAUCCCAACGUAGCAAGGCCAAUGGUUUCCUUCGUGACUGACAUGAUAAGCAAGAAUCCAAGUGCCCUAAGAAUGCUCCUGGAGCAAGGAUUGGCAGAGUCUUUGGCUCGAGCCUUGAUUGGUGCUGCUCAUAAGAACAAUUUAGCAUCCCUCUUUCGUGACAUUCACGUACUACUCGUCGCAAUCGCAACAAAACUGCUUGAAUCUCCAGGAAAUCAUCAAUUGCAAGCAGUAAAGGAUCUUCAUUUGAUUUUGAAUCAUGUAGAAUUAAGAGAACGCUCACAGUGUGGAGCAACGACUAAUUGCGUCACGGUAGUGCGAGAUGCUCAAGUGGCUUUAUUUGAUGGAGAAUUAGAUGCGCUUACCGCAAGAGUUUCUACACAUCACGGAUUCAGAUUACGCAGUACAGCUUCAUAUCUGGCCUCUGCAACUUACUUGACAUCAGUGCUAACAACCUCCAGCGAACAGAGUGAUCAUGGUUCCCGUUCCUCGAGUUAUGGAAGCUUACAAGGUGCACCAAAUUCUAUGACAAAGGAACCUGGAAAAGGGGAGCUGAAUGAACGAUUUCGGACUAUUCUAAUUCGCGCAGUGGAGUUCAUCACGACGGCAAAUCAGUCGCCAUCGGCCAACGAGUUGGAAUUGACCAGGCGACUAUUUGCCACGUUGUUGCAUGGACUGGCGGCGCCUUUGGAAAGAAAGAGUCAAUGGGGUGGAUCGUGGUCCUCAAGGCCAGCACUGAGGAAAAACACGGCGAGAAUCAUGGUGUGGCUUCUGGGUCCACACCAAAGUAAUAAUACUAGGGUGUACGCGGUUAGAUCUCUUAUGGAAGAACCGAGAGUUCGAGACAUUUUGACUUCGCUCUUGGCAGUCCACCCUCACGUGGAACAGAAAUUCACAGUUUUCCUCUGGGAGUUACUCCAAAGGCGAGACGAAUUGCCCAGCGCUGACGCCAGAGUAUGUGCGGAAUUAAAGGAGGCUUUAAGUGUCUGGGGAUUGGCCAAAGGUAUGGAUCAGGCGACUCCUGGAUUGUGGGGUGAAGAAUUGGCACUUCUUCGAAGGGAACUGAUGAGGGACCGUGAUAUUUGGAUUGAGAAUAAUCUACCCGCAAUAUAUCGAAUUGGCAACAAAUUCGAUGCACUGGCCAAACAGCUUACUGAAAGUGCGAUGACCAUAACUAGGAGCGUAGUGGAUGAACAGAAUCGUGAGCGUAAAGUUUUAAUGGAACGCUUAAAACACUCGAGAGCGAUGGAAGCCCAGGCUAUGGCCAGAUGGAGAGAUCUAGCCAGACGUCUUACGCACGAGAGGGCCCCAUGGCACUUUCCGGAAAGUUAUCCCCGCAGCUGGGAGCUAGACCCCACCGAAGGUCCCGCUAGGGUCAGGAUAAGAAUGCAGAGAUGUCACUUAAAGAUAGACAAGAGAUUCUUUUUGAAUGAGCAUCGAAACAAGCUGGACGCAGUGAACGUCGAAGCACCGCUCUCCUAUCUAUUCACGACAGAUCGACAAGACGCGAAUGCAACAGCCUUAAUCGAGAGACUUCACACUACCGAGAGGAUUCGCAAAAUGUCACAGGCAAGGGUUGUUACGCCUGGUGCAGAAUUGCCUGGGGAGGUGCUCAUAGGGGAGACUUGUCUUUACUUCGUUCCUGACAAGCCUGACAUGCCUUUGUAUACGGAUGUGAGUAAACUUUCCUAUAUUCGCAAUUGGUGCGGGCACUGUUCUCAUAAAGAAUGGUUCAAUUCCACUUUGCUUCAGAUUGCUCUUGGUGGAUUGGAUCUCGCCAUGGUUGGUGGAACUGCCUGGCGUCUUGAGGACAUCCGAGAAUUGCACAGGAGAAGAUACCAGCUGCAAGAAAGAGCCAUUGAAAUAUUUAUAGUAACGGGAAGAACGUAUUUGCUAGCUUUCAAUUCUUCAAAAGAAAGAGACGAGUUUGCCACAGAGUUGUCGGCUUGUAAUUUGCCAAGACGAAUUCCAGGAGAUGAUCUUGGCGAAGCGCUCGCGUUAUGGCGCGGUGGUACAUUGACCAACUGGGAAUACAUCACAUGUCUAAAUAAAUUAGCCGGCCGGUCUUACAACGAUCUCAUGCAAUAUCCAGUGUUUCCAUUUGUCUUGGCUGAUUACGUCAGUGAGAAAAUGGAUUUAGACAAUCCAAAGAUUUAUCGCAAUUUCAAACGUCCCAUGGCAGUACAGGAUAAGAAGAACGAACAGCAUUACAUUUACAAUUAUAACUAUCUGAAACAAGCUCUGGCGGAGGGCUUGAAUUUAAUCGCGCUGAAUCAGGAACCCUUCCAUUAUGGAUCCCAUUACAGUAAUUCAGGAACGGUAUUGCAUUUUCUUGUGCGACUUCCGCCAUUCACAAGCAUGUUCCUGUGUUACCAAGAUGAUAACUUCGACAUGCCUGAUCGAACGUUUCAUGCGCUGGCCACAACCUGGAGAUUGACGAGCUGCGACUCUACGACUGAUGUCAAGGAACUUAUACCGGAAUUUUUCUAUUUGCCCGAAUUCCUAAUGAAUUCCGAAGGAUUCAAUUUCGGGGUGCGACAAGACGGCAAUCCAGUAGGGGACGUAGAAUUGCCGGCGUGGUGCGGCGGUGACGCACGUCUAUUCAUUCUUGCACACAGGGCUGCUCUUGAGGCAGAGAUUGUCAGGGAAGUUCUGCCUUAUUGGAUCGACCUCGUUUUCGGAUUUAGGCAAACUGGAAGGCCAGCGGUAGAGGCGAUAAAUGUUUUUCAUCCAGCGACGUAUUAUGGCUUCAACGUCGAACAAAUAGCAGAUCCUUUGGAAAGACAAGCAUGGGAAACUAUGGUGCGAACAUAUGGUCAAACGCCAGCUCAAUUAUUCAGGGCAGCACAUCCAUUGCCAAUUCAAAACCUUAGUGUAACGAUGUCGUCGAGUACUGUACCGCAGGUUAUUGAGGGUGUGGACGGUAUUAGAUGGGGUAUUUACGUCGGAGCACCUGGAAACGAACCAGUUCUGUGUUGGAAAAAUAAACACAGAGCACCAUUGGCUUCUCUCAUUCCCCUGACCACGGGCGAUGUUUUUGGAUUGCCAAUUAACACGACUUUACUGUUGGGCUACAGUAAGGAAAAAGGUGCAAGCAUGCUCAGUGGCACUUCCGUUUUGGGGGCUGCUCUUGCUUCCUGGAGAGGUACAGAUGGAAUCGCCAGAAUGAAAUCGAAGAAGGAACAACCGCCCCGACCAUUAGUUAAAUCUUCUGGGCUGGAUCCAAUUACGAUAUUAGGAUCUGCUCCGGACUGCGGGCAAUUAUGGAUUGGGCAUUUGUCCGGUAGAAUCACCGUUCAUAGUUACAACGUUGUGACUGCUGGAAAAAUUGAAUUCUCCUCUGCACCAGCAUCCGUCCUCUUGGGUCAUAGAAGUUCCGUGAUUGUGAUCGCGUUAUCGAGAGCAUUUAGCAUUGCCGUAUCCGGUGAUAGCGAGGGUGUCAUUGUUAUUUGGGAUUUGAACAGUUUGUCAUAUGUCAGAGCCAUAGUUUGCGAUCAGGCACAUUCGACAAGUCUUCUGUGCAUCAGCGAAACUCUUGGUGAUAUAGCAAUAACGUAUGCAAUGCCAAAUGGAAACGAGGAGAACAAUCCUGACAAUAGAUCUGAACUGAAAGUAUACACUAUAAAUGCUAGGCCAGUGGGUACUGUUUCAUCCAGAAGACGGAUAACAGCGUUGUGUUACAGCAAUGCUCCAGAGGGCAUAUCCGUCAAUGUCAUUGCUACAGGAUUGGACAAUGGAGUCAUACGGUUAUGGAGCAGCUGGGAUUUGAAAUUAGUGAGAGAAAUUGUUAAUGGCAGUAAAGGUUGUGGUGCAAUAAUAGCUGUGGCUUGGGCGCUCGAUCAACAUCAUUUGUAUGCGGCUACCGAAGACUCUACUGUACUUAUUUGGGAAGGAACUAAACGUUUAAGCAACGGAACACCGAAAUUUGUUAAUUUAACGUCUCUCUAACGCAAAGCAGAGAGCAAUCUCGAAGCCGAAUCGAACAAAGCUAAACUCCUGUAAAUAGGAUACAUUAUAAUAUAUGAAAGCGAGGAUGCCGAGGAAAUUUGUAUAAUUAUCAACUGCAAAAAGUAGGAACUACCCAUUACUUAUACAUUUUUUAAAUGAAGUAUUGAAAUCCAAUAUCUGAACUAAGAUAGACAAAACACUCAAGUAUUAUUUUUUUCUUCUGUCAACCAAAUAAUACUCGUGAUAUUUGUAAUGAUAUUGUAACAGCAAUUUUUUAUACUUCAUUAUAUUAUCUUAUAACAAUUACAUAGCAAUAUAAUAAUAAUUACUUUUUUUAUUGUUACAUAUA